AUGGCGAGGCUAACUUAUAUUGCCAACUUCCAUAGUGUGGCCUCUUACGCCAUUCUUUUUUGGGGUAGUUCAUCGGAAGCGCAAAGAGUGCUUUUACUCCAGAAGAGGGCUAUAAGGGCUCUUUUCGGCCUUGGACCCAGAGACAGUUGUAGAGAGGCAUUCAGGGCUUGGGGCAUCUUGACUGUCCCAAAGGGAAAUUCCGCAAAUUUCAUGAAAGAAGUAAAUAACGCUGGUACAUUCAUAUCGUUAAUGAUCUAUGCGAACAUAAUCGUCUUUCGUAGACGAACAAUACUGAAACUGCUUUUCAAGCUAGAUGAAGAGGAAUAUCAGUAUAAUGAAGAGUAUAAACCAGUCAAAAUCUAUAUUGAGAAGUUGAGCAAGUUGUACUUUUAUCCAACCAGAUACGGUCUCUUAUUUUGGUUUCUGGAUAGAGUAAUUUGGAAUUUACGUUGCAUCGCUGAGAAGAACGAAUCACACAAACGAAUAAUUACAUGUGCGAAUAGCCUUUCCAACUGGAUGCCCUCUUCAAUAGAUUCUGCAUUACUGGAUUGGUCCAUAUUGGCUUCUUCAAUAUAUGCCGUUUACUAUAUGCCUUAUGUGAUCACAGUUUCCUCAAUUCACAUAGGAUGCACUUAUGUUUCUGUAGCUAGACUACAACGCUUGAUAAGAAUGCUGGGAGGUAUUGAUUUUAGCGGGAAUAAUGUCGUGUUGACCAGAAGGAAACUUCUACAGUGUAUCGAUUUCUACAACGAAACCAAUGAAAUAACCAAUCUUGUCACUAACUAUGUGAAAGAAAAAUUAAACCCUCUAUUGAGUUAUUCUGUGAUGGUUCUGGUCGCUGUGCUGAUUCAUCAAAUCACUGUGGAUUUCAAUAUAAUCCUAUUCCUCGAACUAUGGGUUUGGAUUCUUAGUCAUAGUUUGAUAUCCUUCCACGCCCAGGAUCUGGAGAACAUGGCCACGAUGAGGUCCACCGCAUCCAAUACAUCUAUUUGGAGAGAAGGAUCUACAAUGAAGGAAUUAGCCGAAUGA